GUUCCUAAAUCUAAACGCUCCCGUUUCAAUACUUCCUCUCAUUUCUGGCAAAUAGACUCUCUCUCUUUUUCUCGCGACAGAAACUACGACAAACCCUAGAAUUUCUAUCCUCUUCGUUUCUUUUUCUUUCUCUGUAAUAAUUGAGCCUCCAUCUUCCGUAUCGACAAGAGAUCGACAUCUUUCAUCUUGAGGAUCAAGAUAAUGGGAGGCCGUAAGAAGCGCAGACAGAAAAAUCAGAGUAAUCAGAAAAAGGAACGACCACAAGAGCAAGAAAAAACAUUGAUCCUGUAGUAGAAGAGCAUGUAGAAGAGCAUAUUGUAGAAGAGCUUUCAGACGGGAACUCAAGUGAUGAUCUAUCUGCUCCAUCUGAGGAAUCCCAACCACUGCCACCUUGUGAUCUCUACUUCAAGAACAUCGAAUACACCAAGACGUGUAAGAUACAGAGCAAGUGCUCUGUGACCAACACGGUGGAUGUCAUCAAAGAGCUUAAGAAUGAGUUGGCCUGGUUUGAAAGGCACCCUCAGUUUAGCCAUUUUUUCCACAUGCCUCGACAAGAAUACUUGAAGCUGCAGGGUAUGUGGAUGCUUCUACUGCGCACUAUUCCCUUAGCCGAAGAAGAGGACACAACUUGGUUUGCAGUUAAUGUAGUACCCAUCCGGUAUUCCAUGAGAGAGCAUGCACUCAUCUCAGGAUUGGACUGCCGUGAUUACCCGCCUAACUAUAAGAAGUUGGGAAGUUUUGAGUUUGUAGAUAGGCAUUUCCAGUCACAUAAGGAGAUCACAAUGAAUUCUGUGAAGACGAAGUUGCUGAGUAUGAGAUCGUGUGGGGAUCGACUCAAGAUGGCCGUGCUAUUCUUCCUAGGCACGAUUCUCAGAGGGAAUCGAAGGUAUAAUGGACGCAUGGACACUUUCAUAUUAAGAGUCGUCAAUGAUUUGGAAGUUUGUGAAACUUUUCCUUGGGGUCGCUUGACAUUUGAAGAUGCCAUCCAUUCGAUUAAUAAAGUGAUGAAGCAUCUCAAGGGGAAACCUAAAAGUAGUGUCAACUUCCCUGGAUUCAUAGUUCCUUUAGAGGUUCUGGCGUUUGAGUGUAUUCCAGCUCUGAAUGCAAGAUAUAGAGAACAAGUACCAGGCUGUAUGAGUAACUGUCCGAGGAUGUGUAAGAAGCAAUUCAUAAGUAACAAUAUGAAGGGUUAUCCACUUGAGGACUUGUACGAGACUGUUGGAGAAACUAUGACAAUCAAAAGUUUUCUGCUUCCUACUCUGGAUGAAGAAACUCUCAUGGCGCGAAUAGUGGAAGACGAGCUAGAGUAUGAUAAGGAAGAUGGACCAAGUAACAUGUGGAGCGCAUGGCUUACUAUAAAAGGGAAGCCUAUCUGGUGGAAGGAGCUCUAUGAGUUAGAUGUGGCUGCAAGAGAGUUUCCUAAGAAGAAAGACAAAGGGAAAGUGUCUGAGGAAGCAUCCUCCUCUAAUGAUGGGUUGGAGAACGUUUUGAAAGGGUUUGAAGAGAGGUUGAUGGCUUCCUUAACUGAAGUGAAUGUGAAGGUGGAGACAAUGGGGAAGCGGCUUGAUGGCAUUGAAAAAAAGCCAACAUGUUUUAAAAGAGAAAGCUAA